CCACGACAAGGUCGGUGAGGGACGCUGGCCUAAAGCAACUGAAACGGCUUUCUUCUUCUUGCGUGGAGAAGCCAUACUGUGGCACUACUGUGGUAUGCUGUGGUACAAUCGUCGCAACCUUUCCAUAUCCUUUCCGCGGGGAACGCCUUGGCAUGACAUCACCACUGACAAUCCGCGUCCAUGAAUACCACAACUCUUUGACGCGCCUGCAUGUCUGCUUCCCUGCUUUCUGGGUCCUACGAGCCGGGGUAGCUCUCCCCUGCGACAUUGACCCCUCCCGGCCAUUUUACCUCCUUUUCCUCACUCGACUGAACCCCGUUACCACACACAUUUGCCCAUAUCCGUGCCUUCAAGUCCUGGAGAGGGAUCAACCAACGCCAUGGCCGAGCAACAGGUUCAACACGCCCCAGGAGGCCACUAUUCUGGUGCCAAUCCUGUACCCACCGUCAAGAAAUUCCUCGACAAUCUGGAUAGAGACAAGGCCGCGCGUGACAGGAAGAUAGACGAAGACUAUGCCCAGAGACAGAAGCAGGACAUCUCAUCUGGCGACGCAAAGCCUCAUAAGCCGGCCAAGAUGGGAAUUGAGGGAACCCAGAAGACUGUGACGGACCCGACUACGGGCAAAGAAGUCGUCAUCGAAGAUGUCAGCAAAGCCAUGAUGAACCAGGUCGAGAACCCGCAGCUCUCGGUUCCCAAUGCCAAUCUCCAAAAGGACACCCCCGUCAGGUCACACGAGUCACAACCACUAGAUGAGUACAGGAAAGCUCAGGACAUUACCGCGCCCCCUGAGCCCGUCGUUCCGGGAAGUACCUCCGAUGUCCCUAUCCACGGCGAGAAAACAAACAUCCUCUUUCACCCCACUCCGACUGUGAGCUACGAGCCCACUUUUGCUGCCUUGGAGAAAAAGGCAGGCGUGCUCUGCAUCGGCCUCUUCGUAGCCACUGUCGUGGUAGGCAAGAUUUUCGGUGGCAGACUCCUAGGCUUAAUUCCACUGGGCAUGUGCCUCUCGUCAGGGGUGUGGUUGUGGGCGAAGGAGGUCAUACGAAGCGGACGAGAAGUUGAAUGGCACAGCGAACAAACAAGAGGCCAGGUGGCAACCGCCAACCUACUUCCUGAAUCUGUCGAGUGGUUGAACACCCUCCUGGCCAUCGUCUGGGGCUUGAUCAACCCUGACAUGUUUAUCGGCGUAGCGGACACUCUGGAAGAUGUCAUGCAAGCAUCUGUACCGAGCGUGAUUGAGCACGUCAGAGUCGCCGAGAUCAACCAAGGCAGCAACCCAAUCCGUAUCCUCAGCUUGAGAGCUCUUCCAGAUGAGCAUAUGCAGGAGAUGAAAGAAGCAAUCCACGAGGAGAACAAAAGGACGAAAGACCCGCAGGAGGCCGCAGCUGACGAAGAGGGCGGUGACUACUACAAUUUGGAAGUUUCGUUCGCCUAUCAUGCCGCGCCUAGCGGAACACGAGUAUACGAGAAGGCACGGAACAUGCACAUGCAGUUGGUCUUCUAUCUCGGAGUUAAGGGUCUGUUCGGGUUACCGCUGCCCAUCUUUGUCGAACUUCAGGGGCUUGUUGGCACUGUUCGUCUCCGGCUUAACAUGACCCCGGAGCCACCCUUCCUCAAGACUCUGACAUUUACUCUCAUGGGCACCCCACAGGUACAAGCAGGCUGUAUCCCAAUGGUAGAGAAAGGUGUCAACAUCCUGAAUCUUCCUCUCAUCAGCAACUUCGUCAACUAUGCCAUCAAGGCAGCCGCUAGCAUGUAUGUUGCACCAAAGUCCAUGUCUAUUGACAUGAGAGCCAUUCUUCAAGGAGACAGCGUUCAGAAGGAUGUCGAAGCACUCGGCGUUGUCUGGAUCCGGAUUCAUCGUGCUACUGGCCUCUCCAAACAGGAUCGCCGAGGAAGCGCGCAUGGAGGAAGCGAUCCUUACAUCACGCUUGCCUUCUCGAAAUAUGGAAAGCCAAUGUACUGCACUCGUGUCAUUACUGACGAUUUGAACCCUAUCUGGGAGGAGACAGCAGCACUCUUGGUGACUCCUGAAUUAAUCAAGGCGGACGAAAACCUCAGUAUUGAACUCUGGGAUUCUGAUCGUCACUCGGCAGAUGACAUUGUUGGGAAAGUCGAACUCUCGAUGCAAAAGAUGAUCCAACACCCAGGCAAGAUGUAUCCACAGGUUUCGAAGCUUGCUGGCAUGGAAGCUGGCAGCGACAUGCCAGGCGAGCUACACUGGGAGGUGGGCUACUUUGGCAAGCCUCAAUUCCGUAAAGCACUCAGGACAGAUGGCAAGAACCGCAACUUGCCUGAUCAGCUGAAGGACGACCCAGCUCUACAAGACGACAAGGGUGUCAUCAACACUGAGCAUGAUGAUGCAGUCAUGCACACGCCACCAGACCCCCUCUGGCCAAGCGGUAUCUGCAGCGUUGUUGUCCAUCAAAUCGUGAACCUUGAAUUGGAGAACGUCAAGGGCAGCAUCGGCAACCGCAAAGGUCGUGAGUAUGAGCCGGCCAAACCCUACGGUGAGGCCACUGAAGAAACCGGAGGCAACCUUCCAACGAGCUACUGCACUAUCCUAUUCAAUGAUACCCUGGUGUACAAGACUCGAUCCAAGGCUGUCUCCUCGCAGCCAAUCUUCAACGCCGGUACCGAAAGGUUCAUUCGAGAUUGGCGAUCGGCAAUUGUAACUGUGACAGUCCGCGACUCUCGGAAUCGCGAGCACGAUCCCAUUCUCGGUGUUGUUCCAUUGAAGCUCUCCGAUAUCCUCGAGACGAGCUCGCAAGUCACUCGUUGGUACCCACUUGAUGGGGGCAUCGGCUUUGGAAGAAUUCGCAUCUCUCUCCUGUUCCGCAGUAUCGAAUUGCGCUUGCCUCCUAACAUGUUGGGUUGGGAUGUGGGCACAUUCGAGUUCCGCUCUGAGCGUAUCCUCGCCCUUGGCUACAAGCACGCUCCCAAGCUGAAGCUCCGUACUGGAGGGAGUGUUGAGAAGGUCUCGAGACUGGCAGCAAGGAAGCUGGACGAAAGGGACGGGUACUAUUUCGACCUUACAAGCCAUGGGGGCAAGUACAAUGUUCGCCUGCCCGUCAAGUACCGAUACCGCUCGCCUGUUGUGUUCGAAUUUCAUAUCGAGAACAAGCGAAAGGCGGACGCGUACGCCGUUAUCUGGCUUCAACACUUUAUCGACAACGAGGACUUGGACGUCAAUAUCCCUAUCUGGACUACAGCUCAUCCAGCUCGCCUGACUCAAAACUACAUAACGGAAGAAAACUGUCACAACGAGGUUGGUCUCGAAGACCUCCAAGAAGUCGGCCGUCUCCAGUUCCGCGCCCGCUUCAAGCCUGGCAUCGACGAGAGCCACCAAGCCUUUAUCGCCGACAACGACAGCCGCGAGACAUACGAGACGUUUGAAGCCUGUCUCGCAGAAGGCGUCCGAACACGUACAGUCGAAAAGGAAAUUCCGGACCGCGUCCAACAACUCCACGAAGAUUCGCUCACCCAAGGACGCGACAUCCUGAAAUCUACUGACGAGCGCGAGAGACGUCGCUGGCUCUCCAAGUCCGGCGACGACUGGUCCGGCGCCUUUGGCCAUGAUCCCAAAGCCUAUAUGGAUACCAAGGGCAAUAAGAGGCGUGAACCUGGUGCUGAAGAGCCACUGCAUGAUCCUUAUCAUCCGAGCGACAACGAGGCCAACGACGAUGUCGAUGGAGCCUAUGAUUCUGAAGACUCGUCCACCUCCGUGUCUUCUGACCUGGGCAUCCAAGACGCAAACAACACCGCCAACGCCCAGGAAAUGAACGGCGGCACCGAAUCCAGGAAUUCCAAAACAAGCCCUACUCGAAGCUCCAUGGCCACGGAUACAACGGACGGCACUGCAGAAUCUGGGGUAUCACAGCAGUCGUCGCUGAGUAGUAGGGACGUAAAUAAGCAAAAUAGGCGCACCGAACAUCGCAAACAGCGCGGUCUGAUGCAAUGGAAACCGGCGAGAAACGCGAAAUUUGCGAAGGAUCAGGGAAAGAUUGGGUUGAACAAAUUGAAGAAGAAGAUCACGGGCAGUUUGGACGGGAGACAGCCCGAUGUGGAGACCGAAACUGGCUCAUAGUCUGGUCUCAUGGCGUCAGUCUUGAGCAGGUCUUCCGUUGAGUUGAAGUAUUGUGAGAAUCAUGAUGGUCGUUGGCGACCUUGGCCCUAGUGUAUAGGCCAUACGGCUGCUGAAGCCUGAGCACGGUGAAUGGGACGGCCAGGGUACGGCGACGGUUGAGUUUACUGAGCAGCUAAUGUCUAUUGACGACGGGUAUGACUUUCCUCUUGAUAUCCUUGUAACAGUAAUAAAAAUAUAAAUGGAUUUUCAGUACA